GAAACGCUUUUCCAGGGCCCGACCUUUCUCCGUGCGACCGCGCCGCUUGACUCGCCGUAGUCUACCAGAGCUCUUUGCGCGCACCCGCCAAAACAACCAUGCCAACCCACCAAUGCGCGGGACUGCUUCUGCCGGCGCUGGCACUUGCGGCGCUGCUGGUGGCAGGCGCUGCCGCUGCGGCUGCGGAUGGUGACGCCGGCCAUGCGCUGCGGCGGUUGCGUCAAGCUAACGCACGGGCCGAGUCGCUGGCGGUGGCGGGCCCCGGCACCUCCGCCACAUCCAACGUGAACGCAGGUGCUGUGUCCACGAAUGGGCAGCCCGCUAGUGCUGUGGGACAGGGUGCCGCCAUCGCCGGCGGCGGCCAGUCCGCGUCCGUCAACUGCAACGUCUUCGCCGUCAACAGUGAUGAGUACAAGCGGUGCAUCAACAACACCGCGUCUGGCUCCGGUGGCGGCGGCGGCGGCUCUGCUGCCGGCACGACGGCGGCGGUGGACUACGCUUCCGCGCCCACCUGCUCUCCCCCCGUGGCCAACACCACCACCGACGCCAACGGCCGCCUGUGGGGCUACCAGAACGGCACCAGCUGCGCCUACAGGUUCGCCAAUGGCGAGCCCAUCUACGCGUCAAACGGCACCAGCGGGGCUACUGCCAGCGCGGGCGCCGCCGCCGGCGCUGCUGCCGCCGCCGGCGGUAACGCCACAGCCAACGCCGGCGCCGCCGCCGGGGCCAACGCCACCACGCCGGUCGCAGUGGUGACGUUCGAGGCCGCCCCCGCCUGCCGCGGUGGCCCCACGCCCGCCAACUCCACAGCCGACACCAUCGGCCGCCUGUGGGGCUUCCAGGACGGCGCCAGCUGCGCCUACAAGAACGCCACCGGUGCGCCCAUCGUGGCCAGCGUGCCCGAGACCAACACCACCUCCCCCAGCCCGGUCCCCAGCCCUGUGUCCAGCCCCAGCCCCAGCCCUGUACCCAGCCCCAGCCCUGUACCCAGCCCCAGCCCCAGCCCUGUGCCCAGCCCCAGCAGCCCCAGCCCCAGCCCCAGCCCCAGCCCCAGCCCCAGCCCCAGCCCCAGCCCUGUCCCCAGCCCCAGCCCUGUGCCCAGCCCCAGUCCCAGCCCUGUCCCCAGCCCCAGCCCCAGCCCUGUCCCCAGCCCCAACCCUGCCCCCAGCCCGCCAAGCCCGGUCCCCAGCCCCAGCCCGGCUGUCCCAGCCGCUGGCGGCAAUGCCACCGCCAACGCCACCGCGGCCGCCGCCGCCAGGGCCGCUGCCGCGUCAGCAGGGGGUGCUGGCAACGCCACGGCCGAGGCCGCCGCCGCCGCACGCGCCGCCGCCGCCGCGGGCCGCACCGGCCGCCGCCAACUGCUCCGCCACCUGCACCGCGGGCGCCGCUACCAGCGCCGCCAUUACUAAGAGGCCGCAUGUACGGCCACGCCGCUGUGCGGCGUGCAGACAAAGGCAUACGCGAACAGCUAGAAUGGGCGUGCCUAUGCAUGCGUUGAUGGGUUAUAUUCUUGAUAGGUUGGGUGGCGCAUCCGUCUCUGGCGCCGUUUGCAUUUAGUUUCUUAGAGCAUCGUCAAUAACAUGCAAGCACCACGACGACGAAUGAAGAGGCCCGUGCACGCACGGGGCGAUCCCUUUUCAGGCAUGAGGCAUCCCAUCACUCAUCAGGACCAAACACCGAACUCCUUGAAGCACGUGCCGGACGCAUGGUGGAUGGGCGGUGGCGCAACGCUGUAGCCGCCUGAUUCUGUAACGACUUGCUCGGGAGUUACUUUGCGAAAAUGGUUGUGGAGACGCAGAUAUGGCAGCUGUGUUGUUCAUGACGUGUUGCAUUGCAGCAGACCGGGACGUAUUGUUUCAGAGCAAUCAACUAGUAAGAUGCUAUUAGAUAUCAUGCAUUUACGGGCUCAUAAGUUGGGUGUAGGCAAGUCGCAUCUGUGAUGCGGGUUGGGAUGCCACAGGUCAGUGUGUGGACAUCGGGUAAUUGUUCGAGAGUUUGAGGGAGUGGCUCACGCUCUACCUUUACAGCUACUAAUCGACAAAUGUAAUUCGUGCGAGAUGGUGGCAUGUACGCUGCGGUUAUACAAGACGGAUGACAACUUAAGACAUGUCCGGAGAGUGUACGAUGGCAGGCGGCACGCAGGCACGGGUUCGUGCCAAGGUCAGGAAGACUGUUUGACUAUCCCGAAGAGAGCCCGCAGAACCUCAUGAUGAGCUCCAACAUUUGAGUGCAUAGGGCUUAUAGUGCGCAAGCCUGUUGAGGUGCGGGGUAGGCAAGAGCCCCACACAGUGCAGGGCAUGGGCGCGACACAAGCGGGUCACGGAAACGAGACG